CUCAACCUUGUUCAUCCCAGGACCAGAUAUUAUGUCGACUGAUAUAAUGAUAAUUUCCGUCUAAUUUGCAGCAAAGAAGCGUCAAACAGAUGCUGAAACUCGCUCGAUCAAGAGUACCUGCACGUAUUCUCUAUCCCGGGUAUCACCACACCCAUAUUACUCAAUCGCCAUUUUCUCAGUACCGCACAAUGUCCUCCUUAAUGCACCGACGCCCAGGAGGGGGCCUGUUCUCCCUCAUGCGAGCGCUAGACGAUUUCGACUCCUCCCUGGCCAACCGGUCCUUCGACAAUCAGUUCACAGCCUACGCACCACGCUUCGAUUUACGUGAAACAAAGGACAGCUACCAUCUGGACGGCGAGCUUCCUGGAGUGGAAAAGAAAGACCUUGAAAUCGAGUUCCCUGAUCGAAACACUCUGAACAUCAAGGGCCACAGUGAGUCUUCGUCUUCUAAAGAAGGUAACGAGGGCACUUGGUGGUAUGUCGAGCGUUCGACGGGAGAUUUCCGACGCUCGUUCAACUUUCCUACUCCGGUUGAUUGCGACCAUGUUGAUGCAAGUCUGAAGAAUGGCGUUCUCUCCAUUAAGAUUCCGAAGUCUGAGGGGGCUCCUACUGGAAAGCGCAUCGAUAUCAAGUAGCUGUUUGGAGUGGGCUAGUCACGACGAUUUACAAGUAUUCCAUAUAUCCUUUAUGUAUUGAUGUCUCAGAUCAACAGUUUGCACAGAAUGCCCCAGUGUCCAAUA